AUGAGCUGGCUGGAGAAACCGCGGAAUCCCUGCAAAGUCAUGACAACAGACAACAAUGUUGCUCGAUUCAUCAAUGCCAUGCAGACACUACUCGAUGAGAGGGAUGCCUCCAAACUCAACGCCUUAGCUCAACGCCUAAGCCCAUUUAGGAUCGACUUGCAACACAAGCAUAGCCUUGGCACUGUCACGGUUGAACCCAUCUUGAUAUUCGAGGAAGAACAAUCCACACAGUAUGUUUAUGUUUCAUCCGUUAGAAUUGAUACGCUAGACCCAACCUGCCUGUCGUAUUUGAGUCCAGUGAGAAGCAUUAAUUCGCAAGGCACGUACGACAAUCCGGUCACGACGACAGAGCAUGACGGUUUAUUCCUACCCGAGCUGCAUGACACGGCAGCCGAGUUUGUCUCUCCCGCCCCGGAAUACAGCUCGAAUAUAUCCGAAGCUGAAAUGAUGGACAUGACGAUGGCCAGUCUGGACAUGACCCAGGCAGAUGAAGGCACUUUAGAAAACACGCUCACACCAGACCUCAGUGGUAUCGCCGCAGGUUACUCAGUGUCGAGCAUUAGCUCUGGACAAGAGCCCAUCACGGUACCCGGUAUCCAACGCAAGGAUGCCUCACUCCCCCCUUCAUGCUCUGAUGCCAUGGCACCUGAGCUGCACCAGCAACAACAGCAACAACAACAACAACAACAACAACAACGUGAUGUAGAUGCAGUCUGUCAGUCGACCGUCACGGUGUCGCCGAUCGGGACUGCUGCCUCAACGCCAGGCGAUGCAGCAAACAACUCCCCAGACGCACGAGUCGGUUAUUCGUCUCCCGGCUGUGAGUACACCGAUGCGAUGCAUGCCGCAUCUGCUGCCGUCAGGUCGGACGAUGCAGCUCACCAGACAGCGCCCACCAAAGAGCGAGGCGCGCUUUCUGACGACGCCGUGCACAAGGCAAUGCUCAUAGCCCAAACUUGCAUUUCAUCCCACAGCAUCCAGUUCCUGGAAGCCAAUCUGGCGCGGUGGUGUCGGCAUGGCUUGUGGCACAACUCUUCCCCACUCAACAAGACGGCCAGCUUGAGUGGCUAUGAAAAACUGCAGAGGGCCUACUCCUUUGUCUACAGGCUAGACACGCGCAUGAGCGAAGAUGCUAUUCGCAGCCGAAUGGCCAUGGUGACGCUGCAUCUCGAGUACGAAAAUGCCUUUCUCAAGUGGAACACUAAGCGUAGUAGGCCGAACCGCCCCUCGACCAGCGUCGGUCGCGGCCACACGAGCUCCAUCAUUGACACCAUUCUCGAAAGCGUACACAUGGACUGGAGCUGCUAUCAGCCGCGCGAGAAGGCUGCUCUGCGAACCAAGUUUCACGAGUGGAAGCGCUUUGGAAAGCGUUGGUGGUUGUUGGCCAGUAUCCUUGGCCCGAGCAUUAUGCUCCUCGCCUCAGCAAGGUUUGCUGGCAUGGUGUAG